UUUGGCGGCACGCCGUAAAAACCUCCACCGCCUUGAACCCGGAACCCGUUCUCGACCGCGCGCGCUCAGCUCAGCCGAGAAAUGGACGCGGCGGAGAGCGCCGGCCCUGCGGCGGCAGCGGCGGCCGUCGUCAACUCGCUGUCCGACAGCUUCAGGCGAGUGCCUCCGGCGGCCAUCCCGCCGCUGCUCGAUUGCAUCCUGGCGUCGACCGGGACGCCCCCCUCGGCGCUGCUCAACUCGCUCUUCGAUUCGUUCGAUGAUUUCACCAAGGAUGUUAUCAAAGAUGGAGAAAAUCUGGACUCGGAGGGCCGCAAUUAUGUCGCUUCCCUGGUGUGCGCGCUGUGUCAUCUCCUGAAGAAGCACGGGGUUACUCAUGAUGUACUGCGGUCUUAUGUAUGGAGAUUUUUCAUUCCUCUAAUGAAGAUGGUGCAUGCUUUCGACUGUGAAAUUCAGAAUCAGAUUGGGGAUUCAUUCUUUGAGGUUGUGACUGAGGCCAACGCCUGGAGAGUUGUUGAGGUCACGUUGGUACCUUUUCUGCUAAGAUCCAUCAGCCUCUCCAUAGGGAUGUCUCAGAAACCCGGGUCACAUGGUGUUGAAUGGAGAACCUGCUCAAUCCCUGAUGAUUACAAUGUAACAAACUCAGUAAUUGAGGAUGAAAAGAAGCUUUCAUGCUCUGGGUCUCUUACGUUACCCUUAUCAUGUCACAUUCUUGCUCAACUAUUGAAUGCUGCUCUACAAAAUGCACAAGCAUCUAAAAAGUCAGAAAUGAAGUUGGAAAACGAGUGUCAUGAAGAGAAGUUCACCAGUGCUUUGCUUUACAAUCUAUGCAAUGUGGCUGAGCAAUUGCUUCUGCUAAGCUCAGAACAUCGGUCUUGUGUGAUUCUACUCUUGCUUCCCAUCAUUUUCAAAGCAUUUUUGACUUACAGCUGCUUGAAGAUCUCAGUUCAUGGGGAGACAAAUGUACUUUCCAGGAGGCUUUUCUCUGAAAAAAUUUGGAAGUGUUGCAGAACGCUGUUUUUUCUUGGAAAUUUAGAGAGAAGAGAUGCCUACCGUGUUCUCUCUCUUUAUUUGUCUUUUUCUGCCUGUACAGAGAAAAGUGGUCAUGGUGACACCAAUGGUGGAGACAAAGAAUUUGAUAUCAGGGGUGAAAAAGAAUUUUGGGAUGAAAUGAAAAGAGGCUUGGUUGAUAAGGAAGGUUUUCUGAGGAAACAGUCAUUACAUAUAUUGAAGAUCGCUCUAGGCACAAAUAAGGAAGACCAGAAAAUUUUUGGUGGUUUAGAUAAAAAAUCAUGUGAGAAGCAGUCCGAUACACGAUCGCUGACAAAGCGGGAGCAAUGGGCUGUUGAGGAAGCUAGGUCACUAGGCGUAGGGAAAGAGUGCAAUCUAUCUGAAUCCCUGCCUGACAGUAGGUGGAAAUGGGAAGCAUUCUUGCUGCUUUAUGAGAUGCUCGAAGAAUAUGGUACUCACUUGGUUGAAGCGGCUUGGAAUCACCAGGUAUCCUUGUUGCUUCAUUUUUGUGGCUCACAUAAUAAUUCUGGAAACUCUGAUGACGAAGCUUCUGGAUGUAACGUCGUCACCGGUGAAUUCCCUAACUGGCUGUCAGUCUUGUGGGAAAGGGGUUUCUCUCAUGAUAAUCCUCAAGUUAGAUGCCUGAUAAUGGAGUCAUUUCUGGGCAUCGAAUGGGAGAACUACAGAAGCUGUGCUAAAGCUCUACCUGAAUCUUUUGUUCUUGGUCCAUUCAUACAAGGGUUGAAUGACCCUGUGCACCACAAGAAUUUUGGCUUAAAAGGAGCUUAUUCUUCAGCUGCAAUUGAAGGUGCUACAAAGUUUCUAUACCAAUAUACUGGUCACCUGAAUGCAAGGACACGGAUGGAAUUUCUGAGGAAUAUAUCUUCUCUCGCUAAGCAACAAUCUUUUGGUAGAGCUGGAUUGAUGGCCCUAUCUGAAUGCAUUGCUUCAGCCGCUCGUAGAAUUGUAGUGGGUGAAAAUGGUUUCCUUGACAAGGAUCGAGUGGAACACUCUGAAGAGGAUUUGCCUCACUCUGAUGGAGCAGACAUUCUGGAUGUUCUGAGAUAUGUUGCUGAAAGCUGCAAACAACAUUUUAAUCCGAAUUAUCGUCUUCAAGUUUGUGGGAAGAUACUCGAAGCUGCUGCCUCAGUGGUGUGUUCCGGUGCUGUGCCUCUCGAGAUGCUUCUACACUUUAUUUCUACGUUUCCUCGGGAGUUCAUUGAUAUUGGUGGUCCAUUGCACAUGAAAAUAAAAGAAUGGCUAUUGGGUUCUCCUAAGACAAAGAUUUUAGAUAGUCUUCUAGACUUCCCUAGAAGAUUCAUAAAUUCUUGUCAUUCUCUUGGUACUGCAUUUACUUGUGAUGAUGAGGAACUUGCUGCCUGGGAAUAUGAAGCAAGACGGUGGGCUAUGGUGCUUUUUCUUGCAAACAAUGAAAAUCAGUUGGAGUCAGUAUUAAUGUUCAUCAAAACUCAUGGUAUUGACAUAUGUAACCAAAGCAAUAAUUCCAAUUGGCUAGCUCUGAAGUAUCUCAUCCUUCUAUUAAGCUUGGUUCUGGAGCUUCAGGAGUUGCAGGGAAAAACUGCUGAAUUCAGCAGCAAUUUUGGAGUAAAAUCUACUCCUGUCCCUCUUGAUACAGCGGGUCCAUUGAAUAAUAGACAGACUUUGGAGGAAUAUAAAAAGUUUCUCUGCUUUUUCCUUUCUAUUCUGGAGGAUUUGGUUGCAUAUGCUAAGGUGUCUUGUUCAAUAUUCUGGUCUAGCUGUGAGGUAGCGGACAAGGACCUGCCUGGUUCUGUGCGGGGAAAGCUUGGAGGUCCUAGUCAACGCCGCUUGUCGUCUUCCAUCACUACUGCAGUGCUGCAGGCUAUAACAUCUGUCAAGGCUGUUGCUUCUAUCUCUUUGUGGUGUGCACAGAUGAGGACUGAGGCUUCACUAAAUAUUUGUCUUGACUUUCUGUGGGAUUUUUUGCGGAGAACUUUAUCAGCUUCAGCUUGUAAUUCAAUGACUGGGGCAGAACUCUCUAUUGCAGCUUAUGAAGCCUUAGCUUCUGCCCUCAGAACAUUGGUGUCGGCUUUCUCUCCCCAUAUACUAAAUAUAAUCUGGAGAAAGGAUUUGACUCAUGUACAGCUUUCUGAAGAGGAACAGCUUUUAGAUUCCUUGGUUAUUACUUUUCUACACAAGAUAAAUACAAUUCUUGCUGUGGGAUUUCUGACACGAACACGACGGGCAGUUUUGAUAAAUUGGAAGUGGCGGUGCCUAGAAUCUCUGUUGUCAAUGCCUUGUAAUGCUUGUAAGGAUGGAGUUCAAGUAAAAGGACAGGAAUGUUUCUUCUCAGAUGAUGCACUCAGACAGAUACUUGUUGACCUUGUUGAAAGUCUUGAAAAUGCUGCUGAAGAUUCUGUUCUACCAAUGCUAAGGUCACUCAGACUGGUUUUGGGGUUGUUUGCUUCCAGUAGAUUGGAUUCAGCUGUUUCCCCAUCUGUUGGUGUGGAUACCCAGAUGAUGUGGCAGUUGGUUCGAUCUUCAUGGGUGUUGCAUGUCAACUGCAACAAGAGGAGGGUUGCAGCUAUUUCUGCACUUUUAUCAUCUGUUCUGCAUCCUUCUUUGUUCAAGGACGAGAGAAUGCAUGUGACAGAGAGUGGAUGUGGGCCUCUCAAAUGGUUUGUGGAAAUGGUUCUCGAGGAAGGCACGAAAAGUCCACGGACAAUUCGUCUGGCAGCAUUGCAUUUAACAGGAGUUUGGCUUUCAAAUCCUACAACCUUAAAGUAUUACAUUAAGGAACUGAAACUUCUAACGCUCCAUGGUUCUGUUGCAUUUGACGAGGAUUUUGAAUCUGAAAUGACUGAGAAUAACGAUGCCAAGCUUGAAGUUUCCUUAUUGGCAAAGAGUCCUGAUGCUGAGUUGACUGAAGCUUUUAUAAAUACAGAAUUGUAUGCUCGUGUUUCUGUUGCUGUCCUCUUCUGCAAACUCGCUGACAUGGCCGAAAAGAUUGGAUCUACUGAGGACAAUACCAAUUGUCAUGCUGCUCUCGAUGCUGGCAAAUUAUUUCUGCUAGAGCUCCUUGAUGCAGUGGUGAACGACAAGGAUCUUGCAAAGGAGCUGUAUAAGAAGUAUAGUGCGAUUCAUAGACGCAAAAUACGUGCUUGGCAGAUGAUAUGUGCCUUGACUAGAUUUGUCAGUCAAGAUAUAGUGGGGCAAGUUACAGGAAGUUUGCACAUAUGCCUAUAUUGUAACAAUCUACCUGCGGUUCGCCAGUACCUAGAGACAUUUGCUAUUAAUGUUUACCUGAAGUUCCCAUCCCUGGUGAGGGAGCAAUUGGUUCCUAUUUUACGAGACCACAAUGCAAGGCCUCAGGCACUUUCUUCGUAUGUUUUUAUAGCAGCUAAUAUCCUUCUACACACAUCUAAUGAUGUUCGACUCAGGCAUUUGGAAGAUUUACUUCCUCCUAUAAUUCCAUUGUUGACCUCACAUCAUCACAGUUUACGCGGAUUUACUCAGUUGUUGGUGUAUAAAGUUCUACAAAAGUUGUUUCCUCCUGCUGGUCAUGGAGUCUCUGAGUACGUCCCUCUAGAGAGAAAAUGCUUUAUGGAUUUGCAAGAGUACCUGAUCAAGAAUCAAGAUUGUGCACGUUUACGAUCAUCAAUGGAAGGAUAUCUUGAUGCCUAUGAUCCCAAAGUUUCAGCCACUCCUUCUGGAAUUUUCGUCAAUCGGGUUGAGGAACUUGAAUUUGAAUGUGUUCCUACGUCCGUCAUGGAGCAAGUGCUUGGCUUUUUGAAUGAUGUCCGGGGAGAUCUGAGAUGUUCCAUGGCAAAAGAUUUGGUUGCCAUAAAAAACGAGAGCUUACGUAUUGAUGAAGAUAGCAACCGUCAGGAAGUAUCAUCUAGCACCAACAAUGAACCUUUUCUUGGCCAGCCACCUGGGGAUGCUUUAACGAACUUCCAGAAAAAAUUUACACUUGCCAAACAUGAGAAACAAGACUCUUUGUUGAGCUUGUUCUUGGGCCUUGAUGAGACGAACAAACUUCUUUCAGAAAUGGAGCAAGAGGAUCACCUUGUCAAUCAUAUGUUCCGCACACGCAUUGAGACCAUGGACAAAAUCAGAGCUAGCAGACAAAAUAUCAUACUUGUAGCAUCUUUGCUUGAUCGCAUACCAAAUCUUGCUGGGUUGGCACGGACAUGUGAGGUGUUUAAGGCUUCUGGAUUGGCCAUUGCAGAUACUAAUAUCAUACGUGAUAAGCAGUUCCAACUCAUCAGUGUCACUGCAGAGAAGUGGGUACCUAUCAUAGAAGUCCCCGUAAGAAGUUUGAAAGGUUUCUUGAACAAGAAAAAGCGAGAAGGCUUCUCCAUCUUGGGACUAGAACAAACAGCAAAUAGUGUCCCUCUCGAUCAGUAUGCUUUCCCUGCUAACACGGUCCUUGUCCUCGGCCGUGAAAAAGAGGGCAUACCAGUGGAUAUUAUUCAUAUUCUGGACGCUUGCAUUGAAAUUCCCCAGUUGGGAGUUGUUAGAUCACUUAAUGUUCACGUUAGUGGCGCCAUUGCCCUUUGGGAGUACACUAGACAGCAGAGAUCCAAAUAGCUUCUCUGUAUGUGUGAUAUGUCCCACAAGUGCACAAAGGUUCUGGACUGGUGCCAGCUCUAAUUCAAUGUAAUGCAUGGAGUUUUGCAAAUUAGACAACCCAAAUUCGCUUUAAGAUUUUGUUGUAAUUCAAUUUGAUAUCCCGUGUACUUUGGGUUAAAAGAGAAGGAGAGUUGAGUCAUGUACACCAUUCCAGGAACAUUGGCAAUGUAAAGGAUGGAAGAAAAGGCCAAAAGGCCAACAUUUUUUUAUGUAAUAACAAUUUAUUUAAGCCGGGUCGUUUUCUUCUGUGUUUAAGACAGUAAUGCAGAUUUUAAUUGGAAUAAAUUUUCUA